UUUCCGAAUGCAGGUAAAUCCACCUUGCUGAGAGCGAUUUCAAGAGCGCGACCAAAAGUGAGCCCAUACCCGUUUACAACGUUGCAUCCACACAUCGGCAUGGUGCAAUACGAGGACCUUGAGCAGGUGGCAGUGGCUGAUAUCCCAGGACUCAUAGAAGGUGCCCACAAAACAAGGGAUUAGGGUUCGCAUUCCUGCGUCACAUUGAACGAUGUCUGUGCCUUCUGUAUGUGAUAGAUCUCUCAUUGGACGAGCCAUGGGCACAGCUGGAUUGUUUGAAUACGAAUUAGAGCAGUAUCAGGAUGGCUUGUCAGAAAGGCCUAAUGCUGUCAUUGGAAACAAAAUGGACUUACCAGAAGCGGCGGCAAAUUGAAAGAACUUCAGAAAGCGUGUGAACAUUCCAGUGAUACCGAUUUCAGCAGAAAAGAAGUUAAAUAUUGAGAAACUUCUUGUGCAUUUGAGAAGUCUCUAUGAUUUACAUAAGAGUGAUAUAUUGAUGAUAUCAUUUAUGAGAUGCACUAAUUAAUAACAGGAGAUUAUUAUAAUUUACUUAUGAUGAAAAUGUUUAGAUAUUGCUCAUUGUCUGUCAGUCAGCAAUUCAUGUCACUCGGGUUCCAGUUAUCAGUGUACACGUCUAUGGAUUGCAACGUGAAAUCGUGCAUGUAAUAUUUCGCUGUAAGUCAGUGAAUCUGAUCAAAAUAUUUAUUGGGAUAAAUUAAUUUAUUAAAACCAUUUUUAAAUAUUGAUAACUUUCAUGUUGAUGAUGUGUGGAAAGAUGUAGGCUCUUGAGGUUACAGCAACUCAACUCAUGGCACGUUUAUUCACCAGUUAAUAAAUAGUUGCAAAUUUA